CAUUGGGCUAUAUAAAGAUUUUUCCAGUGGUAAGAAGUUAUACUUAAGAACAGUAUUGCUGAGGUCACGCCGAACAGAAGAUUUAAAUAAUGAUCUUGAUGAAGAUGUAUCUGAGUGUCUGUUUCGUCGUGUUUGGUUAUAUACAUGGAUUGCUGGCAGCUACACCAGUGGAUGUGAACGCUAGAACUCUACAGGAUAUUGAUAACGAAGUAAGAGGGUUACUCAUACUGAAAAUCCUAAACAAUGUAAAUGUCACUCUUGCCAGACAACAGGACCUGAUUCUGGAUUGUGAAACAAAAAUUAAUCAAACCAUUGUCAACUGCGAGACAUGUGUUGCAAGUAAUCCUGGAGCUACAGCACCGUCAGGCAAUGUGCUCAGCAGCAUCGUCUCCGAACUCAACAAACCUGUCGUUGCCAUGGAGAGUUUUUUCAAUGGAGCAAGUCAAGACAUAGCGAAUCUUGGUGGCAUCAUGGGUAGCAAAAGUCAGCAAUUUGCAAAAAUCACUACAUCUACAUUGAAAAGUAUCGGAAGUUUCUUGGGCAAUGAAGCCGAAAAAGCUGUGUCUGAAGUUAAGAAGGCAUUGAGCACAGCUGGACAAAAAUUCACCGAUCUUGGUGCAGCCAUUACGGACGCAAUAGGUACUUCCGGUGGAUUUGUUAACGGUGUUACCAAAUUUGGAACGGCAACUAUUUCCAAACUUAAUAACCUCCCUGAUCUGAUUUCAACUGGCGCAACCUCCGCUCUGAGUGGUCUAAGGAAUGUCAUGUCGUCACUUCCGGAUGUCGGUACUCAAAUUGUUGGUGGAUUGUCUGACUUGGGGAAUAGUAUCGGAGGUCUGUUUUCUGGUAGACGUAGACGAUCUACCUCCCUUUUGAACAGAAUGAGGCGACAGGCAAGCGUAUGUCCGGUGUGUGAUCAAAUUGACAUCACCACCAAGACUGAGGCAGAAAUAUUCCAGUCAGUUUGUGGGGCUACAUUCACCACGCAGCAACAACAGAUAGUUGACGACCUUGCCAGGAUGUCCAAAUUGUAUGAGUGGUCAAAGGUCUUGACCAACCCUAUAAUCACUAAGAUAUCAUACGACAAUGAUAAGCUGGAUUACUCAAGAAUUUCUGAACAGAUUCUGACUGCGUCCCCACUAACCGUGACAUUUACCAUAGGAACAGCCACACAGACCUACCAGUCCAAUACCACACUCAACAUCUUUGAUCCUUCCCAGGUAGCAUCCCAAAUCGCCGGGCAAAUUUACGUCAAGGCANUAUAA